GUUACGGUCGCAAUUGCGGAAUUAAAUCGAAACGGUACGGUUCAAAAAAAAAAAAAAGGAAAAAACAUUAAAACAGAAAAUUUUCUAGGAGAAGUAUUGUCUGUGUGUGUGUGUGCGUGCGUGUGACACUGAAAGAAUUCUGAAGCAAAACAAAAACAAAAAAAAUUAAAGGUGAAUACGGUAUUUUUUUAAGGCGUUUUCAUGAGAAAAAACGGACGAGUAUGGAAAACAGUAGAAAUUAAAUGAAAACAAAUCCCCAAAACGAGUACAACGACCAGAGUUUAGCUGGCAUCGGGACAUUAAAACCCGUCAAGGAUAUCGAAUAUCUUUUUUUAAAGCAAAAGUUAAAUAACAAGUUUUGUAUUUUUGUGCAAAGCAUCAUUACCCCUCUCAUCGUUGAGCAAAUGGGAACAAACUGAAGAUGAUGAUGUCAUUAUGAAAUGUCGUUGUUAAUUUUUAGCGACGUUUUUUUUUCGACUCAAAUGAAAAUGGGGUUUUAAAAGAUUGAUAAAUUAAAGAUUUGAAAAAGGGGAGAAAUUUAAAAAUUUUCGAAAAAAAAACAGAAACAACAAAAAGGUUACAAAAUCCAUGCCCUUAGUGACAAAAUAAAUUUUAACUCCGUCAAUUUGUUUAACAUUUAAAAAUUGUAUUGGAUUUGAUGUGAUUCGGUGUUAAGAUCCCUCAAAAGAAAACGACAACAACAAAAAAACAUAAGAGGAUUAAUUCAAAUCUCCUUAGAAUCAAAAAAAAAAAAAAAUAUUUAAAGACGCAACGCAACGGCUUUCAAUAACAAAUCCCCGAUAUCGUUUCAAACAACAUACAUAUUUAUAUAUAAAAAACUUGUGUGUGUGAGAGUGUAUGAGUUUACCAAACACACACACACAUACAUUGAUAUAUGUGUCAUCUAUAUGUUCCAUCUAAAUACCCCAUCUAUAUAGUCUUGUGAGUAUUGAGACAUCAUCAUCAACAUCAGAUAAUUGUGGAUUACUCAAGGGCAACCAAACCAAACCAACCAACAAACAAACCAAACGACCGACCAAACAACCACCCAACAAACAGACAGACUUGCUGCCGCCAUCAGUAUUAUCAUUUUGUGAUUUGCUUUUGGUGUGUGCAAAAACAUUCUCCGCCUAUCGCCCUGCUCAAAUAACCCGAUUUUCGGCACACAUUCUUUGUGUCUGGCUAAAGCUAUAGAUUGGCGAAAAAAAAGUUUCGUGUGUGUGCGUGUCUGCGUGCUCGUUUGUUAUUGUCCUUAAAGUCGGUUCAAUAAAUUGAAGUCCAAAUGGAAAUGUAACAAAGCGACAGCCGCUUUAGCCACAAUUCUGAAUUGAAAAUAAAAUGCCAACAAUUUUGAAAAAUUAUAUAGAAGUCAAAGUUUCGUUUGUGGCCUUUUGUGGAAAAUUGUUCCAGCAACAAGGCAGUGGAGGGGAAUUAUAAAAAUUCCAAAAAUCAAAACAAUAACUUGGAAAAGAACAUCAAAUUGAAAUCGAAUUGAAUAAUUAUUUCAAAUAAUUUAACAAAAUGAGAGGCAACAUCAAAAUGUCCCGAAAUUGGAUGGCCUUAAUGGUCAUUGGCUUAUUGGCAAGCCAAAUGACGGUGGCAUUGAAUAUUGCAACAACAACAACAAGGACACCAACACCAGUGGCGAGUCAGAUUCCUGAAGAUGGCAAUGGUGCGGCAACAGCAACACCUUCUCUAACAAGGUCUUCUUCUACUUCUUCGUUAAAUGACAAUGGAAAAGCAGAUGAUUUGCAUUUUACACCGUCAACAGCUGGAACUUUGAGCAGCCAUGAAUCUGUUGUCAUUGAAGCUAAGCAGGAUGUUGCUCGCAGAACAACAGAGGCGUCAAUACCCUCAACACCUCUGCAAAGUGCUUUGGCCGAGACCCAUACCCCAACACUGGCAUCCUCGAAUGCUCCAGCAACAACCAUUCUCAAUGAAGGUGAACAAUCAAGAACAACAACAACAACAACAACAAUAAAAACCUUACGAAAGGUAACAACAAUGGCUGGGCCACCAGAGAAUGCUCAGCGGAAGGAGGACACGAACAAAGCGUCUUUAGAAGGAGCUGUUGCUUUAGCCGAUGUCGAUGUUGAAAAAGGCCAGCAACAAAUCACGACAAUGACAGAACAACAAACUAUAAUCAAGCAAAAGCAACCAGAAGAACAACAACAACAACAUUAUCAACCCCAUGAAGAGCAACAAAAGCAACAAACAUUAACAACGGAAGUGUCUAUGCUAAAGGAAACGGAAGUGCAGCAACAAGUAAACGGAAAUGCACAGACAACGACAGCGAAUGUACACAACAAUGUGAUUACAUUAAAAGCGACAGCAACAGAUAACAAUGGGGUGGGGGAGGAUGAGAAGGUGAUGGAGGAGAAGUUGGAGGUGGACAAUAAAUUUCCAACAACGACAACAAAUCUACCAUUUACAACAAUUGCUGGUGUUGGAGGAGAAGAAGAUGAAAUGGCAGAUAAAACGGAAAUUGUCAACGAUUCCCAGCAAUUUAAAGCUGACACCAGCAGCAGCAGCUCCGGAAAUAUUCCACCAUCAUCUCUCAAGCCACAAGAGGAAAAUUUAAAUUUAGAUGAAUAUUCGAGGUCCGGAGGAAAUUUAAGGGAUCUAAACAAGGAUGAAGGCUCCACACCACCCCUUCCCUACCUUUCUUCUGUUGCGGAGAAUCAAAAAUCAUUGGAAACUUCAAGAGAGGCGCAACACUCCUUGGAUGGUCUGAAGCCUUUGUUUGAGGAGGCUAGAAAUCUUAGAUCUGUUGAAAUUCCUGAAUCUUUGAAAAUUGCAAAACAACAACAAUUUUCCCUGGGCAAUUUGAAACAAGAGACUCCAGAGGCUAGGAACUCAAAAUUCUCUUCUCCCUCAAAUUCCGAAAAACCUGGAUCCUUGGAAACUUCCAAUGAACAGCGACUCUCCUCUCCCGAAGUUAGUUACUCAAAAGUCGCAGUAAUUUCAUCUUCGGAGAAACAGGACUCCUUGAAAACCUCCAGGGAAAAUCAACCCUCCCUGAUACAAGAGAGCUCUCUUCCCAGGCCAUCACUCUCUUCCCCUCUCUCUUCCACAGACAGGCUGGACUAUACGAAAUCUUCAAUUGAGCCAGAGCAAGAACUCUCGCCAAAUAAUUUAAAGCCUCAAAAUCCAGAGACCAGUAACCCCAAAUCUAUUCCUACAACAUCGGAAAAUCAAGAAUCCUUGAAAAUCUUCGAAGGACAACAACUCUCCCUCGAUGACUUUAAGCCCCUGAUCCAGGAGGCCAACAAUAAACUGCUGGCGGAGCGAACAAUUUUUACUCCCAAAAAUGUCAUUGAAGAGCAGGAAUGGAAACAAAAUCUUAUGCCCAACGAAGUUGAGGACUAUGACCAUCCGGAAAAACAUAAUGGUGAGCUGAAAAAAUUCCAUCAGGCACCCUAUGAACACAACAUCAAUUGGAGUCCCUAUUUGCAUCCGGCCACCCCAGUGGCAGUGGAUUUCACAGGGAAAGUAUUGCAGGAGGAAGAUGGUGUGAUAACCGAAAUAGAGGAGAAGUUCCGUCUCAAAGAGUUUGCCACAGACAUUAAUGACAAGAAGGACAUGGAAGAGUUUACCACAAUGGAGGCGGGAGAGCAGUCAGCCACAGCAACAACGACAUCAAAGCCCUCCCAAGAAACUCCUGUACCAAGCACCCACAAACCCUAUGCCACCCUCUUGGUGAAUCAUGAAAAAUCUCCACCCAACACCCAUCGUUCCCAGGACCUAGCUGCCGGAGCCCCGCAUAAUAUGCGCAUAAUGAGGCCAGUGGAAUUUAUUGAGCGGCGGGUUAAGAAAAGUUUUGAUUUUCCCAUGCAUCGUAUAGCCAGCGAUGCCGAUCAUGCCAUGCAACACUUUGACUUUGCCAACACCAAAUUCAGCAGCAAUUUAAAUGAACCCAAGCAACACUUAAACCCACCCAUAGCCGGAGCCCAAGAAACACCAUCUACAGGGGGAGGAGGGGCAGCAGUUUCCCUGGGUGCUGGCCCAAAUCAAGGCCAUGACAUGAAUGCCAUGCAUGUGCCCCGUCAACAGCCGGAAUUCUCCACUACCAAGUUUUACAACAGCAAAGAACUUUACAAUGAAAUGUUGCAGCAUAAAAACAAACAACAACAGCAACAACAACAACUGCAUACGGAACCCGAUUCCCUGAACAUGUUAAAAGAAGAAGACAUAGCUCCCGGAGCACGAGCCGGCUCAUCUUUGACUUUGAAUAGUUUUGCGGUUUUGCAUUCACCGAAAAUAGCCAAACUGGAGGAGAUUCAUGAACAGCCACAGAAAAGUUUGGCCAUAAAGAGAGUCACCGUGCAACAGUCAGCCAGGCCACACAACAAGGAUGAGAUGGGGGAGGCAAGCAGUACUCCCAAAAUAAAUGUUGAAUUACUGACAGCAACAACAACAGCGGCAUCAGCAUCAACAACAACAACGACAACCAAAAAGUUUCACAAGGAAUUGAAAAAAGCCAAGUUGUUGAUAAAAACCAUGUUACCCAGCAGCAGCAGCAACAACAAUAACAACAACAACGAGGAUGCUACUCAAAAAACUGAAACAAGUAAAUCCUCGACAGCAACACCUGAGGACCACAGCCCUGGAAAAACUAAACCAACCACAACAUGGUCAUCAGCAGCAGCAACAACAACGACAACUGCAAUUCUUACAACUAAUCCAACUACUUUGACCAGCUCAAGACCACAGGAGAGCAGAUCAAAUAAUUUAACAUCAUCGUUGUCUUCUGCAACAUCUUCUUCCACUUCCACACCAGCGGAACAAUCAUCCUCGGACCCAGCUUCAUCCUCACCCUCAGUCCUGGUACCCUCCUACAUUUAUCCACCGCCCACAUGGAGGCCUACUGCGUCACACUCAACAAAUCCCACAAAAUCCGCAAUGAAACCCAUUGUACGACCCCGCAUCCUAAGUCGUUUGCAGGAGAAAAUCAAUUCGCUGGAAUGUGAGAUACCCAAUGUACCGCAGGAUUCACAUUUGUGGCGUGGCAACGAAACGCAUGAAUUGCUGCUACCCAUAAUGAUCUGCAAACCCUUUUGGACUCCCACCUCUUGGUUUGCUUAUAAUCGAUGGGUACUUCGUUCUAACUCUCAAAAUUGUUCUUCUUCGUCGAGCAGUAACACACCGGAGAACUGUAAAACGGACAAGGACUGCACAGCCAUGAUGGUCUCCUGGGAGGGAGAGGCUGAAAUCCAAUCAGGCGAUAUAUUAAUUGUUGAAAUAAACGAUGCCCUCUUAAAUCCGAAGGAGGUAAAUCUAACAACCAGUGCACACAACACUCAGGUGUAUCAGGUAACACGUUCCGGACAUGAACACUGUGACGUUACCGAGGGUAUCCUGCUGGAUAUAACACCACUCAUAGUCGAUGGCAGAAAGUUGGUAACACUGUACGAUAAGGACCUAACCGAAGGAGUUAACUUGCUAAUUGUGGUCUCGGAGUUGUGGGGUUCACAGUGUGUCCGUCUCAAGGUCACCACAAAAACCGAAAAUUGUGGUGAAGGUGCUGAUUGCUCUGGAAAAGGUGUCUGCUUUUCCGACAGCGACAUGGAGGAGUAUGAAUGUCAGUGCUGCAGCGGUUUUGCUGGACCACACUGCGAGGAGAUUGAUGCCUGCACACCCAGCCCAUGUACAAAUAAUGGCAUAUGCGUUGAUUUGUCUCAAGGUCACGAGGGUAAUUCCUAUCAAUGCUUGUGUCCGUAUGGAUAUACGGGUAAAAACUGUCAAUACGAAUUGGAUCCCUGCAAUCCGGCGGAAUGUAUGAACGGCGGUAGCUGUGUGGGAAACUCAACACAUUUUAGGUGUGAAUGUGCCCCUGGCUUUACAGGACCCUUGUGCCAACAUAUAUUGAAUGAAUGUGAAUCUUCACCGUGUAUUCAUGGUAUAUGUGUAGACCAGGAGGAUGGAUUCCGUUGUUUCUGCCAGCCUGGUUUUGCUGGUGAACUGUGUAACUUCGAGUACAAUGAAUGCGAAUCGAAUCCCUGUCAAAAUGGUGGAGAGUGCAUCGAUCAUAUUGGCAGUUAUGAAUGUCGCUGCAGCAAAGGAUACACUGGCACAAGGUGUCACAUCAAGGUGGAUUUUUGCGCUAGUAAACCAUGUCCUGAAGGACGACGCUGCAUCGAUCACGGUAAUGACUACAGCUGUGAAUGCCUUGGGGGACGUAAUGGUCCAGAUUGCAAUGAAAUGUUGAGAACGCAAUGCAAUGUAAAUCCAUGCACACACGGUGGCACCUGCUGGUCCAGUGGUGAUUCCUUCUAUUGUGCCUGUCGUCCUGGUUACACGGGAACAAUGUGUGAAGAUGAAUUUGUUGUGGAAACGGUGGUUAGUUCCAGUGAAUUUAUGGUCGACGAUACGAGUGCUCGAAAUUUUAAUGACAAAAGUUUCGGUUCAUCUGUUGUCCUGAAAAGUCCCAUUGAACUGCACAAUGCCUAUACAGCAGCGAUUGUAUUGGCUUUGGUCAUCUUCUUUGUCGCACUCUAUCUUACCAUAUGCCACUGUAAAGUGAAUCAAACGUAUCGUAAAUUUUCAACACGGACCUAUGGUUUUCUGCCCAUACUGGGCUUUCGUUGGCGCACCAAACAGGCAACAUCGAAAAUUAGUCGACACUGGCUAAGUGGCAAGGGUCUGGGUGGCGGUGGGGCGACGGGCGCCAAUGCAAUGCGUGUUGCAACCAAUUCAACUUUAUCGGCGCCACUACAACGUAAUAGUGUUGGACAUUUGCCAACCGCAAAUGCGUCAGCAACAGCAGCAGCCGGAUCGUCAUCGUCAGCAGGACAACAGCAACGCCAUCAUCAUGUAGGCCAAUUAAAUGAGCGGCCCUUUCAGCGCCAUUUGGCCAUGAACUUGGAGAACGACAUGUAUUAUACAGUAGAUUUUAGUGAAAAUUCACAGCAUUCACCGUUGAUACAGUGAAAUUCGACGACACAUUUUAUCGGCGAUGUUGUGGAUGUUAAUAACGGCGUGGAUGGCAGAGAUGAUUGUGGUGAUGGCGUUGGCGAUGGUGGGGGCAAUGAUGGUAGUAAUGGUGGCGUUGAUGGUGCAAAUAGUCAUAGUCGUAGCUGUAGAGGUGGAAAUGGCGAGGCGAAGAGGCACACGGGACGGUGGUCAUUGGGGAGAAUGGCAACGAUUCCCAUACCAGCAGUACAGUUGGCUCAUUAUAAUAUUCGACCAUAUGCCAGUCAGCCUGGCAGUCACAAGUCUUUGGUUGCUUUGACUCUGGGCAAGAGCAUGAAAAAAACAACUGCUUGUGGCAUUGACUGCAGCAACCGAAAUGAUGAUGAUGAUGCUGAUGUUGACGAGGCUGAUGGCAGCCAUCCGGGUCGUUGCCGUAGUGCUAGUAGUAAUAAUAAUUGGUUAGUUAAAUUUACAAAGCGUACUUAUUAAAUGAUUUUUGUUGGCAUUUUUCGUCCGUCCCUUAUUUUCCAUUUCCAUCCUACCAUUCAUCCAUCCAUCCAUCCUUGCUCUGAGCUCUGUGUUACUUUGAUAUUUUUGCCAUAUUUAUUUUUAUGUAAUGCCUAUAAGCCAUAAUGAAGAAUGAAAACAAAAUCGAGGGCAAAUAAGAAAAAAAAAAAAAAAAAAAAAAAAACACAACAACACCAAAGAGAAAAUUAACACAAAAACAACAACAGCAACACCAUAAAAAAUCAUUUCCAGCCAUCGAAUUUUUAGAAUGUUUUAACAAAUUUAAUGUCACGUUCAUCAUAAAAAUGAUGGCCUAAAGAUUUUAACAGAAAAUUCAUUUUGAAGUGAAAGUGAACUGCAAAUUACUGGCUGACAUGAGCCAAUUAAUUGCCAAUUUCGGAUAGAAUUUGAGAGGCACUUGCGAUGUGGGUGUAUUAUCAUAAUUUUUGGUUAGUCGAAAAAAAUAAUAAUAAUUUUGAAUGGAUAAUAAUUUUGGAAUACAUUGCUUUCUCUGGCCAUAAUGUUACUACGUCAUUAAAACUUUGAGUUAAAAUUAAUAACAAAUAUAGCUAAUUAAUAAUUAAUAAAAAGUAUAAAAAUAGAAAUUUAUUCUUACUUGAAACUUGCGAGGAUUAAAGUUUGGAUGAGCCUUCAAAUUUUGCUACAGAAAAUUCAAACCAAAUAUGAAUUAUUUUGAAAAAAAAUACCUUUUUUAGGUAAGUACCAGAAUGAGUGGACCGAAAUCGUCCAUCUUCAAGACUGAUCUAGGAAUGGUAAAAAUAAUACAAUGUGCCGAAGAUGGACUAAAUAACAUAUUCCUUUGAGAAUAUAAGUAUGUGAGUAUGAUUUGAGAAUGUAACACAGAAUGGCGCCCAAGAUAACUUAACUCUUCUUAAACACAUAAAUGUACUUUUUAAAAGCUCACUCGAAAUAUAGAGGUCCAGUCCCUAUUUUUCUAUUAGCAGGGUUUAUAAGUAAUGUAUUCAUCACCAAUUUAACAAUUUUUGCCAAAAAUCCAGUAUCUAUUACAAAAGUAAAACAUCGGUAUUUUUUCAUCAAGAUACAUCUCCGGAAUUGGCUCUAGCGAAAAAAACACAAAUGUUUCAUGGAUUUCAAAAUGUAUGUAUGUUUUGGCACAUUGCAUUCUUGAAGUAGUGCCACAUAGCAAUGCUGAGGGGUUUAUCGGAGAUAAGAGACCCUGCAAAAUUCCGUGGAAAUUACCCAAUAUUUACGUCAUUUGUCGUGCUAAAAGGUCUUUCAAAAAAUAUUUGAAAACUUUCAUUCCGGUUUAUAGCAUCAAUGUAAAGGUUUCUCAUCUUAUGAUUUCGCCCGGAAUUGACAUUCAUGAUUGAAAAUAUUCGCCGAGGAAUGGACCUUUUUGUAUGUUUUACACAAAAGUCAAGGUCUUUUUAACCUACUGUUUGUUAUCCGAUGAACAUCCAGAAAGAUAUGUUUCUACCCAUCGAAUUCCAUGCAAAAUUUCGUCAAUGGUUCUAUAACUGACCUAUAGAGCGACUCUGCAAAAUCAGCAAAACAUUAUUUUUGGGUUCAUAUCAACCCUUCAAUAUUUGCGAUCAGCUACCCCAACAAUAGGCUAUGAAAAUAUCCGCCACGAAAUUACGGGUCACACUCUUUAACACAUGGUCCGCCACAAGGUACAACAAGAUCCUAGGGGUAACAUUCAAUAUCAUGUUCAAGUCGCCCGUCCAAGCCACAGCUAUUUGCGACGAGAUGAAAAAUAGGAACAAGGUCCUCUAAGCGUUAGCCAGCAGCAUUUGGGGCGCGGACGAGGAGAUCUUUUUAUCCUCUUAUAACGAGGUAGGUCAGUUUUUUUUUCAGCUAUGCGCCACCAGUGUGGUCUGCGAAUAUAAGUUCUACGCAGUGGAAAAAUAUUCCGAACUGUCAGAAUGAUGCCCUGAGAACUGCGACAGGGUGCCUCCUCAUGAGGCAUCUAUAUGAGGUGGCGAAGGUCCUUCCCGUACGUCAGCAUAACCAUAUACUUUCGUUGCAGUACCUGCUAGGAUGUUAUCGUGGGAGAAAUCCAAGCCAUUGUAUGGUGGAUAAAACUCCCCCAUCCAGGCGUGUUAGGAAGGACAAACAUAAUCCAGAUAGGGAUUUCCAACGCUACAAGAGAGAGCCCCUAAAUCAAGAAUCCUAUCAGACAGUCCUGAGUGGUAUUCAUAGUGAAUUUUUGAACCUGGAGUUACCACCAGAUUAGCAGGUCCCAAACAUAAUAUGGGGAACUGUUACAAGAACAACAAUAGGCUUCUAUGCUGACCCUAUCCCUUGUCUUAUCAAUUUAUUUGUCUAAUUCAAAUGUUAACGUUAAGUUUUUAUACCCAUACCAUACCAUACCAUACAUAGUAUGGAGGAUAUAAUAAGUUCGUCAUUCUGAUCAGCGUAGCCCUGUCCGCCCGUCUGUUGUAAUCACGUUGCAGUCAAAACGAAUUAAGAUAGGAUGAUAAAGUUGCACAUAUCUGUCGGUCCACGAUAUCGUAUAGCCCCCAUAUAACGGUACCCCCCAAUAUUCGGUAUUUUGCGGAUUUUAGCCAAAUUUUUCAAUGGAAUUGCUUGAAAUACUACGAAAGAAGUUCUUUCUGAGUACUUUACACCCUGAAGGAGAAUCGUCUAUAUAGGUCCACAAUAACGUAUCCCCCAUAUAACGUUAUCCCCGAUAUUCGGUAUUUUGAUGAUUUUAGCCACAUUUUCCAAUGGAAUUGUCUGAAAUUCCACACAAGGAGUUCCUUGUGAGCACUUUAUCCCUUGAAAGAGAAUUAUCUUAUAGGUCCACGAUAUAAUAUAGCCCCCAUAUAACGGAACCCCCCGAUAUUCUGUAUUUUGAUGAUUUUAGCCAUAUUUUUCAAUGGAAUUGUCUGAAUAUCCACAUAAAGAGUUCUUUGUGAGUACAUUACCCCCUGGAAGAAAAUUGUCUACAUAGGCCCACGAUAUCAUAUAUCCCCUAUAUAGCGGUUCCUCCCGAUAUUCGAUAUUUUAAUGAUUUCAGCCACAUUUUUCAACGGAAUUGCCUGAAAAUCCUCACAAGGGGUUCCUUGCUAGUAAUUUAUUUUAUAGAGGAGAAUUAUAACGCUACUCCCCCGAUAUGCGGUAUUUUGAUGAUUUCAGACAAUUUUUAAUGCAAUUGCCUUAAAAUGCACACAAGGGGUUUCUUCUGAGUACUUUAUUCCCUAGGAGAGAAUUGUCCAAAUAGGUCGACGCUUUAGUAUAGCGCAUAUAUAACGGUACCCCAGAUAUUCGGUAUUUUCAUAAUUUUUGCGCAUUAUUCAACGGAAUUGUUCCAAAUUUCAUAUAUUAAGUUCGGAACCGUUGCUACAGCUUAUGACACAAAUAACUUAUGACGGUUUUUAUUUGAGCGUUAUUUUUCGUUGGAACUUUUUCGAGUUUCUUAUAAAUUGUGGAGGGUAUUAAGGUUUCGGCCCGGCCUAACUCAUCUGCUUUUUUACUUGUUUCACCUUACAACACCGGUUGGGGUUAUUAUAUACAAGUUGUAAUUAUCGUCCGAUUCUCACAAAAAUUUGCAUAGGGGUAGGAUUAGACUCAGGAGCGCUAGGCCUAUUGUUUUUAAAAAUGUCCGCAAUAUAUUUAGGGGUUUAAAUGAACCAACAACUAAAAAAGGUUCCUGAUUUUGCAGCAGUUAUAAAGGUCACAAAUAGAAACCAAAGGACACGAAAUCUCGCAUGAAGUUGGAGUUUAGGACAGCGGGUAGAAUAGAUCGCUACUUUUGUGGGAAAAAAUAUCAACAUUUCCAUUCUACCGAAACGCUAAAAAUAUCUUACAGGCGAAAUCCAAAAUACACAAAUGGCGAACUUCUGGUUUUGUUGACGAGUUGAGGACAGGGAAGAAGUCUAGCAUUUUGGAUGACCAUUGGAUUAUAUUUAGCUGUAACUAAGAGCGUAAAUAUUGCGCAAAUGUCCCUGGUCAAAAAACUAAGGGUAGUAUCUGGGCAGUGCUAUAUAACAUAAUUUCAAAAGCGAAAUCUCCCUAAAUGGAUUUGGACAUAAGGGGACUUCUAUCAUAUUGUAGUGUUUUAGGGUAUCAUAUGGUCGGUCCCGCACGUCUUUCUUGCUUGCUUGUUUAAUACAAUCCUUAUAGAAGUCAUAUCAAUAUUAUUUGGUUUAUAGUUGGUAUGAUCUACUUCACAUGAAUUCCCAAGAUUACAAUUUUUGCUACGGGAGCUCUACUAAAUAACAUAGUGGUGCAGGGUAUCAUAUAGUCGACUUUUGACCUUUCCUUACUUUUUUGUAUAUUACGAAGGCUUUUUCAAUUAUCCAUUCAAAAAUCCUUUUCGAUUAAUGUGGUAUCAUGUCCUGUUUGUGACUAAUUAAAAAAGAUGAAUAGUUUCUAACAUUUUUUGUUCAAAAGAUUAUUUUUUUUGAUUUAUUUUAAAAAAAUGUUGGCCAUAGAAAAUAUACAAAAAUAAAGUUUUUUUUGUUCUUCCUCAGAACAUAAUUCCUUCACAAUCAUAAUUCAAUAUUAUUAUAACUUUUUUCUGCAGUUCAACAAUUCAAAUAUAAUUUUCAUGCCAAUAAUUUAGAUAAUGGUUUAUAGGCAUUCCCUUUCCUUAUUGUAACUGACUUAUUACAUUUAGUUAUAAUAAAACAAUUAAAAACCAAAAAAUUAAAUCAAUAAUGUUAAUAUAAAACAAUAUUUCCAGUUUAUUGUUGUUGCCCUUUUUGGCCUGGCUUUUAUUAUAAUUUUAUUUCGAUAUUUGUUUGGUGAGCAAAUUUUAAACAAUAACAACAACAACACGCAACAAAAUGAAAACAAAAUCAAAUUCUUCUUUACAAUAAACACAAUAAAAUACUAUGAAAACGAUAUAUAAAAAUAAUAACAACAAUUCAAAACAAAAUUCAAUAAAAUGUUAAAUAAAAUUUAAACUAAAAUAAAAUUGUCUAAAAAUUAAAAAAAAAAAACAAAUUAAAUGAGGAAAUAAGAAAACAAAAUUUAACACUGAAAAUAAAAAACUUUUUUUGUAAGAAGGUUUUCUAAUUAAGCGAAUGUCAUUAUUUUUUUUGUUGGGGUGGGAUGUUUAGCUGUAAGAAUCUAAAUAAAUUUAAUUAUAAAUUUAAUGCAAAAUGUAGUUAAGUAAACAAUUUGAGAUAUGGUUAAUGUUUAACAAAAAAUAAGAAGAAAAGAUAAAAUACACAACACAAAUAAAUAAAUACAACUUAAUUAUAGACACACUCACACUAAUACAAAAAAAAACAGCAAAACAAUUAAAAUAAUGCAAUGCAACAAAAAAGAGAAAAUUGCAGAAAAUAUAUGAGAAAAAUGCAAGAGAAAAUGUAGCCUUAUGUCGUAAGGAUUUAUAAAGCGCUUACAUGGAAAUAAUCAUUGAAAUCAAUUAUGAAUUAUUUGCAGAGGUAUGAAAUAAUGGAAAAUAAAGCUGAAGGAGAUGAUAAAACGA